UUUUGGUUGCAUACGACUGAGGCACACCAUUGUUACAUUGUGUAAGUUGGAGAUGUAUUUUCCGCCAUCAUUUUUUGACAUUAUGAUUCAUUUAACUGUUCACUUGGUUAGAGAAGUUCGAUUAUGUGGACCUGCAUAUCUGAGAUAUAUGUAUGCGAUUGAGAGGUUCAUGAAAAUAUUAAAGGGGUAUGUUAUGAGUGGGAGUCACCCAGAAGGUUGCAUUGUCGAGCGUGCCUUAAUUGAAGAAGCUCUUGAGUUUUGUAGUCAGUACCUUUCCAAAGUCGAUGCAAUAGGAAUCCCAAAGACAAGGCAUACAAAAGGGUAUGAAGGAAGAGGAAUAGUGGGGUAAAAAGUGGUCUCUUUAUCAUACAAUGAAAGGCAUCGAGCACACUUGUAUGUACUUCACAAUAGUGAAGAUGUUGAUCCGUAUGUAGAGGAACACUUGGCGUUUUUAAGGGAUUUAAAUCCACGUAAGAGUGAAAUAUGGAUAGCUGAAGAACAUAAUCGCUCUUUCGUUGAGUGGUUUCAACUUCGAAUUGCUGAUGAAUUAGCUAAGUCACCUUCGCAUGUUUCUGACAGAGUAAAAUGGCUAUCUCGGGGUCCUUGUUUUGAGGUUUUAUCAUAUUCUAGUUAUCAAAUCAACGGGUAUACUUUUUACACAAAGGACAGGGACAAAGAAACCACUAUGCAGAACAGUGGGGUGUCGGUGUUGGCCCAAGCUAUGCAUAUCUCUAGUGGAAAAGAUAAAAACCCAAUAUAUGCGGAUAUGACUUAUUAUGGAAUCAUCAACGACAUAUGGGAAUUGGAUUAUAGGACAUUUCAAGUUCCGAUUUUCAGUUGUAAUUGGGUUGAUCACAAUAAUGGUGUGCAUUUUGAGAACCCAGGGUUCACUAUUGUUGAUCUUACAAAAGUGGGUUACAAGGAGGAGCCAUUCAUAUUUGCUUCACAAGCAAAGCAAGUUUUUUAUGUGACUGACCCGGCAAAUAAAAGGAGACAUGUUGUUUUGUCAUCAAAUAAAAGAAAUGUGUUUGGAGACCAAGAUAUAGAUGACAUGGAAGACCCUUCAUUCUCAUUACAAUCUCAUUCAUUUAGCAACAAUGUAGUGGAGAAUGAGGCAUACACAAGAGUUGAUCAUGGAGAGGGUAUAUGGGUCGAAAAUGCAUCAAACUCAAGUACUAAAAAGGAAAAAAGAGGAAAAAGCAUUAAUUUGGUUAAUGGCUUCUUUACAUAUCAAUCAUGAGCAUGGUGAUGAUGAAAAUAAUGAUGCAAAUGGUCAUCCUACUUAUAAAGGUAAAAAGGACACAGGUCGAGGUGCAACUAGAAUGGCAUCAUUGGUUCGAGCUAGAAAUAGGGGUGUGAGAUUCAAUGUUCAGUGGAAUGCCGAUGGUCAACCUAUUGGGGAUUAUAGUGAUAAACUGAUGAGUUAUUGGGGAGCUAGUAUCCACAAAAAUGUUCCAAUCAUUUACCCACACUGGCACAAAGUUCCUCAAAAUCUAAAAGAUGCACUUUUUGAGGUUCUGGAGAUAACUUUUAAGGUUACUGAAAGAGAUAAAGAUUGGUUUUUACGCAAAGGAGGGCGAUGUUGGAGCAACUUUAAAUCAUAUCUUUCAAGAAAUUGGUUGUUUGAUCAACAAGGAAAUUUGCGAGAGAAGCCACCUUCAAAAUAUGAUUUUAUUGAUGUCUCUCAUUGGAAAACGUUCGUUAAAAGUCGUCUUUGUAAAAAGUUUCAGGAGAAAAGUGCAGUUAAUCGAGAGCGUGCAUCGAAGAAUGAGUAUCCCAAAAAAAAAGGACGAAGAGGUUGUGCUAGAUAUGAACAAGAUAUGAUUAAAAAGCUGAAGAACGAUGAAGGUAAAAUUGUUUCAUGUUUAGGUCGUGGUGAACUAUGGAAACUUAUGAGAACCAACCAAGAUAAUAUAGUUAUACCUUCAGCUAAAGCCAAAGAAGUGGCUGCUCGAAUUGAUGAUCUAAUGCAUCAAUCAUCUAAUGGUGAGUUUGUUGAUCAUGGCCGUGAUGACGUACUUAGUAGGGCUUUGCAGAAGAAAGAAGGAACUGGACGAGUUAGGGCAGUUGGUGCUGGAGUGACACCUAAAAUAUACUUUGGAGCAUGUGACUCAAAGAAAGAAAAGAUAACAGAAAUGGAAUCACGUAUCAAAUUCUUAGAACAAGAGCUACAAGAAUUGAAAAAAUCGAGGUUGGAGGAGAAAAUGAAACAUCUUGAUGAGGAGAUUGUUGAAAAUUAUAGCAUCGAUGAAGUAGCUUUGGAACAUAAUAAAACCAUUCAAAUUCCUGAGGGAAUAAUUGCAUGCCAGUUAGCUUUAUCAGAUCCGAGUUAUAGAGUGGUAGCUACUGGAAAGGUGCACAAUGUUAACAAUGGUUCUGUGGUACAUAAUAAAUCAUUACCAUCGGGUUACAUGCGAGUUGCAAUAGAUUAUACAACUGAGGAGCAUACACCUUUGCCCGUCCCUCUCGAUGAUGGUGAAGCAUUCGUCCUUAAAGAUGCCAUAAACACAAUCGUAUUGUGGCCCACACAUCUCAUUAUUACAGAUGUUCCGUGUUCACAGGGUCAUAAAAGUUCUUCAGAUCCCAAAGCUAAGAAGACCAAAGCUUCUGCAUUGAAUACCAUAUUAAGAAAUGAUGAACCUUCUCAUGCAUCAUCUGAAUAUCAACCACAAAAGUUGGAUGAUAGUAUUGAAACAAUCCCAUUCCCGGACACCCUUCCGGCUGAUCUUCAAAUAAUGCACAAGUACACUUUGAAGAUGGCUCAGAAAGAACAAAUUCACAUCCUUAUUGACAUGGGAAUUCCUGGUCAAAAUAAUGAGAUCUUCAUAGGUCGUGAAGAGAUUUUUCAAUUUCUUGCCCAAGCAAAAAUUGGUGUCUGUCAUAUCGUAAUUCACAUGUCGUUAUUGCAUCGUCGUUGCCAAAUGCUUGGUUUAGUGGGUUUAUUUGGCUUUUUAUGUCCAAGUGGGAUAUCUCUCGUAGCAAAAUUUAAGAAGGGAGAGAUAAAGAAAGUUGAAGAGGAUCAAAGAGCUCGUUCUGAAUACAUCAAGAAUACAUUAUUUAAAGUUGAGGCAACUAAAGGAAGGGUCUUUCUAGCACCGUAUAAUGUUGGGAUUCAUUGGGUGUUGUGUGUUAUUGAUCCGUAUAAUGACAUCGUAUAUUUUCUGGUUCCUCUACACAAUGAAAAUAACAAAGGCACAGGAAAUGGAAUUGGAGAUGAUUUGCGUUCAAUUGUCGACAGAGCACUCUUUGGUUUUCGAAGUGAAAAAGGAUUGUUAAAGAAGAUUAAAAUGAGCACCAAGUGGGUGCAGAUACAAUGCCCACGACAAAAUAAUGGCGUUGAUUGUGGAUAUUACGUUAUGAGAUUUAUGAAAGAGAUCAUUGACCAUAAGCAAACCCAAAUUUUUGAAGAUUACUUUCAUGAUUGCAAUGUCUCAAGGUAUGAUCAAGACCAAAUUGAUGAAAUCCGAACUCAAUGGGCUUGUCAUGUUCUUCUCAUGUGAAUAUGUGGUUGAUUCACCAUGUAUUUUAAUUUGUAAUAGGCCACAAAUUUUUAAUUUAAGAAUUUUGUAGUGACUUAAUUAGGGUAUGUAUAUAUUUGAAUUGACAUAUAUUAUACUGUAAUUUUUUCCCUUUCUUGGAGAGUGUUACCAAAAAUGACUAUUAAUAUUAUUUGUAUUUUAUGAGACCUUAAGACAUUUAUUUCAUUUGG